AAAGAUGCAGGUCCAGGCACAGAUCUGCGGAAGUAUCUGAAGACGCAGACUGCCGAUGCUUUAAGGAUUCUGGAGAAGCUCGUGGAAGCAGCCGAAGGCGGUCGGCCCAAAGCCAGUGCAGUGACUUUUUUAAGUUCCUCGCUGAAGAUUUCUCCCUUUGACAUCGUCGCUGCUUUUAGUUUUAGUAGGAAGAUCAAUUUUUAGUUUUAGUAGGAUAGAGAUCAGUCAUGAUAUAAAAAGUGUCCUCGGUAGUUGUGGGAGCUCGGAGCCAGUAGAGUCCUUCGGAGGCAGUGCUAGAUCAACUAGCUACUUGAGCAUAGUAUUUGUAAGUCCAUCCAUCCUUCCUUGCCCCGACCAGCUAGCAUUCUUCAGUUGUGAGCAGUGAGCUCCUGCUCUAAUAUAAGACGCCACUGUGAUCACCGAUCCAGAUGAGGAGUGCAGAAGUAGCAUCACGGGGCUCAAGGCAGAUGCAAAACUGGGGGAACAAUUUUCAGCAGACUCUUCCUCGUCCUCUCGUUCCACUGGCGACACACGAAAAAUAGCAUUGAUGUCGCCAGACGUAAUAACGCAAAAAAAUGCCGGCACGAAUGUGAUCGUACUCGGGAAGGAUUCGUCGGGGAAGGACAACAACAUCUCAACAAAGCAGUUCCUGAUGCAGCUCGGUCCCCUGGCGAUGUUUGGAUCUAAAGGGAGCGAAAGGAGGGCUUCAUACGUGGAGGCAGACACCUUGAAAACGCACCUGGAGUUAAGGCUCAAGCAGAGACCUUAAAAGCGCACUUAAGUAGUUAGUAGUAGAUUUAAGCAUAGUUUAUAAGUACUUGCCUGAUUUUUCCUUUUUUUCGAUUACUUAUAAUAGAGUAGUUUAUAGAACGGAUGUAGGAUGGACUUGGAUGGAUCGGAUGGACCCCCCUGAUUCUUCCGAUCCUACUUGAAAUGGUGGAAAGUCCAUCCGAUCCAUCCGAUCCAUCCCAUCCCGGAUCUGGCACCCCUAUCAACUGCUCUAUUAUAAUAUAUAUAAUUUUGUCUUAUUUAUAUCUAGUUAGGUCUGCUCCACCGACACUUUCUUAGAGUUAAGGCUCCUGAAUAUAAUGAAGAAAGUUGCCAGAAACUACACUCUUCUUGAGCCAGAAGCGCCCUAUCUUCGCCAGAAGCGCAGCGCAGUCUUGCAUGAAGAGGAGUAGAGCUCAAAAAAUCUUCAUAAUUCUAAUUCCUUUCGAGUUCGACGGGGCAUUUCGAUUUCCCACCUGCUGAUGUAGUUGAGUUCCCUCUUAUACUUAGAAGGAUUGGACUUGGACUUGGCUGGCACGGGUUGUAAAAUAUUAAUAUUAUAGGCAACAAGAGAUCCAGAGUUGGAGCUCCUCUAAUGCAAGCUUUUCAAAAGGGCCUGGAGACGGCAGAAAUUGCUGGGAAACUGAG